GAAGCGGCGAGCCGUUCAUUUUCCAGCGGAAUUUUAUCCAUUUUAGGCGAGUUUCGGGGUUCCAGAGUUUUUUCCGGCAUGGCUCCUGCAGCAGCUGUGCGAUUCUCCGGCAAGGGGGAGGAGGAAGGGCUCAAGAAGACGAAUGAGGAGUUGCAGAGAGAAUUGUGGGCGAGCCUAGAGAGAGAGGAGAGGAUGAGAGAGCAAUUGGAGAGGGUAAUUCGACAGCUGAGAUUGCUCGAGGACGCCGAGGAACGGCUGUGCACGCAGCUCGGGGAGGUCGAGGCCGAGGCCCUGGACCAGGCCCGAACCUACAACAUGCAGGUCCAGGCGCUCACACUCCGUCUCUCUCAGGCCGAGGCACUCCUCCAAAAGACACUUUGCAGCCAAGCUCUCUCUCUCUAACACACACUUUCACUCUCUAGCUUUAAGAUCUGUUUCUCUGUAUGUAUUUUUCUUCUCUAUCCGUUUAGGUGCUGUGGAUUCUUGAAUACUUGCUGUGCUGUAUAUUUUUGCAAGAGUUGUUUGGAUUGGCGAUGGUGGUGGUUCGAUUUUUUGCCAGGGGAAUUUUGUUUGGAUAUGACAUGUUGUAAACUGAAAGUUGUGCAGUGUUUUAGAUGGGUUUUUGAUUGAAAAAGGCUGAUUUUUAUGUUUUUGCUUCCA